AUGGCAGCGAUCCCCUCGUUUGCCUUUCCUGACAUGGAUGUGUCGCAGCUCGAUGACAAAAUGGAUGUAGCAUCGUCCCCUUUUCGACAGCCUGACGAUAUCGACAUCGACCUCGAUUCUGUCCGUGAACCUUCCGUGAUUGGCUCCCCCCACGACGACAUGGUCGAUGACCCUGUGGCACCUCUCGACACCGAACUCGAUGUAAUGGAAGACCAGUUUGAUGAGACGUUGCCAGAUGAUGAUAUGAAAGAUGAACAAAACACAUCUAUGCUAACAGAACAACCCGACCUGGACUACAAUAUGGAUGGUUCUAUCGAGGAAGUUCAAGGUGAUGAAGAUGAGGAUAUCUUAUACGAAGACGAGGAAGACAUCACUGCGGCUGUACAAGAUGUUGAAGUAGUUGAUGAGUACAACGAACCUGAAGCCCAACCGCAGCCCUUUCAAGAGGUGGAAGCAGAUGUUAUCUCCGAAGAGACUGGGGAGCGAUUCGAACAAGAAAAUCAUGCCGAUAUAGAUACUAAUCAAGAUAAGGGUCUUACCGACGUCGCAAGGGCCUCUCUACCAGCACAGGACGCGGCCCAGGAACAAGGAGAGAUCCAUGCUCCACACAUCGAGAUACCGAAUACAUCCACGGAAUACGUGGCUGGCCAGGACGGGGAAAACCAAGCUACCGAACAGACGCAAGCUGAGCAACACGAUGAUGGUGACGAACUCCUCGAACAACGUCCAGAGGCUGAAGCUGAGGCUGAGGCUGAGCCCGAGACCGAGACUGAUACUCUCCCCCACGAGACAGUCAGUGGUCCAGAGACUGACGUCCAGACAAGAACCGAAACAAGUGAACCGGCGCCACAUGAUCAGUACGAGGAGACAGCUAAGAACGAAGCUGGCAGUGCAGCUCUGAGUGUUCACCCUGUCACCCUUGUCUAUCUAGAAGAGGAAAUGUCGCUUUUCCCUCCUAUGCUCGGCGACGCCUCGAGUGUGUAUUUCCUUCCUGAUGCCUCAUUAGCCUUUGAGCCUCUGGACAAAUUGCUCGCAGCAUGCCGUGAGAUUUUGACUGGCACGUUGGACCAUCAUGAUGAGCUUGUGCUUGACGUGCCUGGCUUAGGUCUGCACAUCUGUGAGGACUCCAAAUACGCUACUCAAAUUACGCUUUCUCAAAUCCUCGAUGUCUACUUGCACCUGUGUAACAAUAACGGAGGUGAGGUGAUCCAACCUCUAUAUUGUCACUUGAGCAGCCGUGUGAGCCUUGCGUCGCAAUACGCCUACCUCUGCUCUGCAGGAGCCGAAGGAAAGACGUAUGCUGAAAUUGCUGCUGAUCAUUCGGAAUCUCCGGAGGUGGAUGGUGAUGGUGCAGAAGAAUCCAUUGAAGAUGGUCAAGAUGAAGGCGAUCACUCACCUACCAAAGAGGAAAUAGAAGCAGUGACAGAACGCACAGACAUUCAAGCAUUGACUGCUGCCGAUGACACAGACACCCUUGAUCAGAAAGAACCCGCAGAGGAUGAGAUCUUUUCUGACCAUGCCACCCGGGAUAGUGUACCCACAGCUAGCGAUGCGGAUCAUCCCGAGGCCUUUGCAGCCACAGCAGAGCCCGAAGCAACUGAACAGGCCGCUUUGCUUGCUGAUGCCGACCAAGAAGAUGGUGAGCCAGAGGACGUGUAUGAUGAAACACGAGAGCCUGAGGCCAGUGGAACUGAGCGGGAGCUGCGCCCUGAUACUCAAGAUCAACCAGGUGAUGAUGAAGAGCAUGAAACCAAUAGCUCACAUACCGUGGAAGGCGAUGUCGCUGAGACGGACUUCGAGAAUAUCGAAGACGCAACUCGCGAGGCAGAAGAUUCUGGGCAACCAGCUGAGGAAGCAGAAGAUCUUUUCCGACAUGAAGAGGAUGGAGCUGAGCCAGAAUCCAGCUACAAAUCUUACGGCGAUCAAGAGUUCCUCGUCGCUCAAGAUGAAUUUGGCGAUGGUGUGCCGGAAGACAUCACCGCGAUCAAGCAGAAUCAAGACCAAGUUGCGACGUUGCCAGCUACAGAUGACACGGACGCGUCUCUGCUUCCCAAAAAUACUGAAAUCGUGGACGAAGACUCCUCGCACCAAGCUUCAGCCGCCGAAAACGUCGAUCUGGGCAAUCUCAGUCCUCCCAUGACUCCGGUCAAAGGCAAGCAAGCGAAGCGAAAGGCAGAAGAAGAUGAUGAGCUUUUUCUCGAUCUUGAUACGCCAGAUCCAAAGCGUCGAAGACCUUCAUGA